AAAUCAAACACAAACACUUAUUGCAACAAUCAUGAAGACAAUAAUGUUAUUGCUUUCUUUCCUUCUUUUUGCUUUCUCAACAAAUCCAUUGCUUGCUGCUGCACAAGAGGCUGUGCUUGACAGCUCCGGUGAGCCGCUCCAGACAGGCGUCGACUAUUACGUAUUGCCGGCUGUCAGUGGCAGCGGAGGUGGACUCACCCUAGGCCCCAAUAGGAAUGGCAGCAACUGCCCACUUGAUGUUGUCCAAGAACAAAACAACGAUAGCAAUGGUCUCCCUUUGACAUUUACUUCGGUGAACCCGAAUGAGGAGGUGGUUAACCUCAUAACUGAUCAGAACAUCAAGUUCUCAGCUGCCACAAUCUGUGUCCAAUCAACCGUGUGGCAGCUGGGUGCUUUUGACGAGUCUGCGGGACGAUCUUUCGUGACAACCGGCGGUGUUGUAGGAAACCCGGGUCGUGCAACAUUGAGCAACUGGUUCAGGAUUGAGAAGUAUGAUGAAGACUACAAGCUUGUCUUUUGUCCUUCUGUGUGCGGUGUCAACGAGGGUUGCAGAGUUCUUUGUGGUGAACUUGGCAUUUUUGUUGACAAUGGAACAAGACGUUUGGCUGUGAACGAACAACCCCUCAAAGUGAUCUUUAAGAAGGCCUAAACACUUUCUGCUUUACUGUUAAUUAUUAAAACAGAGAUAUAUCUUUGUAUUAUAACUAUGUAAUAAGAAAGCUUGUGCUUUCAGGUCAUAUUUAUUGCAAUAAAGGCAAUAAUAUUUAAUAUUCUUACAUUCAAUGUAACUUAUACCAUUGUAUUUGCAUUUAUAAUGUUAAUGAAGCGCCCACUAUUUAGAUUUUA